AUGCCGGCGUCUGCUACUGCUACGCCGGCAGCGUCCAAACCCGUGAAAACAGCAGUCAAGCUGAAUAAAGAGGUUCCCACUAAGAAACCGAACCAGGAUGCGAAUAACCCGAGCACCUCCAGCGGCAACAAAUCGACGAUUAAUCGUCAAAAAGCAGCAUCAUUGCGGAUUGCACGGGCUCUUGCAAUGUUCGAUUCAUUCGAUAGAAGCUAUCACAAUACAUACCGUCAAAACAUUACGGACAUUCAACACAGUCUCGUCGAACGCAUAGACAGCCUGGUUAAUUCGUUGGCAGCGUUGUCUCCUAGUACUUCAAGUUUGCCAAACUGUGAUGACUCUGUGCGAUUAGAGCAACGACGAGAAGCGAAUCGAUCCUUAAACGCACAUUUGGUGUGUUUACAAAGUGCAUCUUGUGCUGCAAGGGAUAUAGCAGCGCAACAAGCUGCAGUUGCUUUCGAAGAAAUAAAGAAACAUCGGCCACUUGAAAUCAAAGAGAAGCGUGGUAAAGUUACUAAGAAGGAACGAAAGGAGAAAGAAGCACCUUCAACGUCAAAGGCAGACAGGAGUGCUCAUCGUGAGAAAGCUCCAUCAUCAAAGGCACAUGGACAAGCUACAAAUCAAGUAGAUUCUAUUCCGGAAACACCAGUUACCACGAACAACCGUGUAGGUAAUAAACGCCGAGCCACACAGACACCAACAUCGGCUCAUCCUGCAGAGAAAAAGCCUAAAAAAGAGAACGGUGUGAAAAAAAGAACUAGCAAUCGGUUGAGCAAAACCCCGCGUGUGAAGGCUAAAGAAGAAGAUGAACCUACAUACUGCUUUUGCAGUCGAAUUUCUUUCGGCGAGAUGAUUGGAUGUGACAAUGACAAAUGCGAGAUCGAGUGGUUUCAUUUUGAGUGCAUUGGUCUCACCACUAAGCCAAAAGGGAAAUGGUUCUGUCCGAACUGUCGACAUCCAGACAGUGCACGAAUGCCAAAAGCAGCCCGAGUCAUAAACUCGAAUAAUCGGAACACAGCAGCAGUCGAGAAAGUCUAG